ACAAAAGGUAAACAAUGACUCAGUCAGGAUUAGUCACUCAUAGGAUAUGAAAUAGAGCUACGGGCAGACACAGAAGAUCAGAAUCUGACGCAUAGAAACAGAGAAGGAAAAAUGAAGCUCCAACAAGUCCUCUGCUUGUGCAUGCUACUGGUGGCAGCUUGGGCUACUGAUUUUGAAGACAUUGGAGGAGGUGUUCGUGGAAAUCGCCCAGUUGAGCAUGGCUACAAAGCGUCUGACACAUGUAAAACAGAGAAGGACUGGCCAAUGUGCACGGAUGGUGACUGGGGCCCCAAAUGUCCAUCUGGGUGCCGGAUCCAAGGCCUCCUGGACAAAACUGAUCACAAUCUUCUGACCAGGAUCGACAAGAUUCGCCAACUCCUUGACCAGUAUCGUCAGAAGUACCGCUCCACCGACCAGUCAUCCAAGCAGACAUAUGACUACCUUCGUGAUCGUCUCACCACCAGCUCAGGCGAUGACAACAAGUACAUGUCACUGGCGGAGUCCUUGAGGAAGAGGAUUGUGGAGGUCAAGAUUAAGAUCGAACGCCAGCUGAGCAUUCUGGAGGCCCUCAAGAGACGGGUCAGGGAACAGGUCAUAGAGAUGCAGAGGCUGGAGGUGGACAUCGACAUGAAGCUGCGCAGCUGCAAGGGCUCAUGUGCUGAGUACGCCAAGUUCACUGCGGACCGGGAGAGCUACGUGGCUAUUGACAAGCAGCUGGACCAGCUGGAGUCCAUCCGGGUCAACAGUGUGGAGUCAGUGGGCUCCCUGCGGGUGAUGAAGAGUCGUGUACUGAAGGAGGUGACCGUGCCGUCCAUCUACAAGUCUGGGCUGGGCAGCGAGGCGGAGGAGCAGAAGCAGUACUUUGCGGAUGUCGGCCAGGCUGAGCUCAUACUGCAGGGCGAUGGGGGCACCACCCACAGAGGGAGCACGUCACCACUUACGGCCUCUUCAUCAUCACACCCCCACUCAUCAUCUUCAUCAUCCCCCCACUCAUCAUCAUCAUCAUUUCCUCACUCAUCAUCAUCAUCAUCAUCAUCAUCCCCCCACUCAUCAUCAUCAUCAUUUCCUCACUCAUCAUCAUCAUCAUCAUCAUCAUCAUCUUCCUCCCACUUCUCGUCUUCAUCAUCAUCAUCAUCAUUCCCCCACUCAUCAUCAUCAUCAUCAUCAUCAUUUCCCCACUCAUCAUCAUCAUCAUCUUCAUCAUUCCCCCUCUCCUCUUCAUCAUCUUCCUCCCACUUUUCUUCUUCAGGAUUCCCUGACUCCUCUUCUUCAUCAUCAUCCCCCCACUCAUCAUCAUCAUCAUCCCCCGACUCCUCUGCAUCAUCUUCCUCCCACACGUCCACGUCCACCCACACUAUGAAAUGCACCCGCACCGUUCGCAAAGUCACCCAUCACACUAAAGACGGGCCCGUGGAGAGGGUGGAGGAGGUGUUAUCCGGGAAAGGUUGCGAUGCCAUUGGAGGAGGUGACCACUCCAUGACCUCCUUCACCCAGGGAGGUGCUGAUGCUUUCUUUGGUGGCGAAAUCUUCAAGCGGUUUGGUAGUGGGUUUGACGACAUGUCUUCCCCGUUUGCCAGCGCAGGUUCCACCAAAACCAUGGAAUCCAAGACCAUGAGCUCUACCAAGAGCCUGCUGAGCGGCACCAAAACGGGUUCGGCCUCCGGCCGUGGUGACGCAGUGGAUGACUUGCCUGACAUAUUCGCCCGCAGCAAGAGAUCGGGAGUUUGAGAAAAUCUCCACAGUCAUAGAGGAACAUGCUGGUUGCAGCAAUACAGUACCGGUACUAAAGUGAACAAAUAUCAUCUAAACAGACUUUUUUAUUUUGGACAAAAUUUACAUUGGCAAAUAACAAUAUUGAUGUCAAGACAAUGUUAACACAAUCUGUCAUUGGGCCGGUGAAUAACAACAGGUAGAGCAAAUAGCAUUGAUUAUGAUUAUGGUUUUAUGAAAAGACAUUGUUUUUGCUUCUUUGACUGUUUUGAGUGUUUUACUGCAAUUGGACACCAUUUAAAAGUGUGCAUUUGAUCAAUAAAGAUGAUGUUGUUCACUAUA